AUGGUGGCGGCAGGGCACCGACGGGGGUGGCGGUCGGCGCGGAGUUUGUGGAACGAGGGGGAGUGGAAGAAGAAGAAAAAGAAGAAGAAGAAGAAGAAGAAGAAGAAGAAGAAGAAGAAGAAGAAGAAGAAGGUAGACGUUAUUGGGAUGAUGGCGCAUUGAGCCCGAAGGUGUCCAGCGAGACCGAUUCGCGUGUGGAAUGCGGGUUGGCAGCUUGGGCAUGUUGAAACCGGCGGAUGGUUGGCAUUGAGGAGGCGAGCAAGUUAUGAUUUGCGAACCUUCCGCAUGGCUUUGGCAGUAACAAUCGGAGUUGCUUCGUAGAUGACUGCGCCGGUCAUCGCUUCUAUUAACCAGGCCGGCCUGUUCUGGGCGAGAUCCUUCCAGGUCUCUGGGUUCAUAUGCACUCCCUUAAGAAAAUUCUUCAAUGUGUCCUUGUAGCGUCGUUUUGGUCCUCCCAUUUGGCAAGCACCGGUGGCGUUAUCCCCACAGAAGAUUCGCUUCGGUAAAAGUGUACCUUCCAUUCCAGGGGAGAUGGCCGUUCCAACGUAGUUUCAGUCGCCUCAGCAUGCGUGAAUCCUGAGGAUUUCGGUCAGUUCAAGAACGUCCGUGUCGGAUUUCUUGUAUUGCCAUCUCAACUUGAGUAUUCGGCGAAGACAGCUGAAAUGAAAGUGGUUGAACUUCCUGGCAUGAUUGGAGUAGACGGUCCAGGUCUCUGUUCCGUAGAGAGGUGUCGUCAGGACGACGGGCCUGUACAUCUUCAGUUUGGUAUUCAGUACAGGCCAUGGCGAUUCAUCACAAAGACUUGCAGCCGGUCAAAGGCUUAACUGGCUUUGGAGAUCCAGAGGGCCGCUUCGUCAUCGAUUGUGAUGCAGCGAGAUAUUGUGCUGCCUAGGUAAAUAGAAGUCACCCACUGGCUUCAUUUUGGCUUUGUUGACGCGGAUGGGGGGACACUGUAUUCAGCGGUCGAUGGCUGUUAAUUCACGAUUACCGUCUUGUCCGUAUUGGUGGUCAGUCUGUCGUAAAAGGCAAUGUUGUCACGAACUAACGAGUUAUAUCUCGCAAGCCCCUAGCCUUAAGGCAGCAAGUAAAAACGGAGCAGUGAAUAAUAUAGAGAUUUUGAACGUUAAGAAAACUGACAACAGACCACGACAGAGGAGCGCGCUAGCGAGGCGGGUUGAACAGGUGUGUCGUUUCUCGUCACAUUCAAACAAGCAAUGCGGUCAAAGAAAGUGGGACUAAAUUGUCAAAGGUAAAUUAGUCAGGUACCUCACCACAAGUACGAUAAGGGUGCCGACAGGCGAAAAGAUCCAUGCUCCGUCCCACAUUCUCUUCUGUCGUGCUGUUGAGUGCGCAAUCGUCGACGAAGAGCAGUGGCUGCGCGGUGUCGCUGGAAUCCACAUUAGUUUUCCAGUGGUGGUCCUUGCUCUAGGUGGCCGUUGAGGCGUUUGAGGAGAAUUCAGGCAAAGACCUUUCCGGCGAUACUGGUCGGCGAGAUGCCCCUCUGAUUGUUGCAUAGUUUCCGGUUUCCUUUUCGCUGGUACAGAUGGACAAUGGUGGCGUCAUUGAAAUCACAAGGAACCUGCCCGCAACAUCACACCUUCUGAAAUAACGCCAUUAGUUGGUCGGUGACUAGCAUGCUUGUAGAUUUUAGCUGGGAUUGCACCGGAGUCCGGUGCGUUCCCGUUAGAGAUUCGUUUCACGGCGCGAAUGGUUUCUGGGAUAGAUGGCGGUAGAUUCAAGUCGGUAUUGGUUUCCAUUUGGGGUAGCCGGCUGAUGGCGGCGUCGGAGAUUGUGGAAGGACGGUUGAGAACGCUUCUGAAGUGCCCGGUCCAACGCUUCAGAAUCCGCUACCUCUCCACCAGAAACGCUGAUCCAUCGGGGCUUGAUCGUUCGGCUUGAUCUCAUUGACCAAAUUCUUUAGUUCGUUGAGGUCGGCAUUGCCCUGGAUCUCCUCGAUCUUGCGAGCAGUCAAGGGUUCCUGUAGUUCUCGCAACCGUCGCCGCGCAAGGCAGCGACAUCGGUAGAAGGCCACUUUGUUCGCGUCGGCUGCGCGGUCGAGCUAGGCCUUAGUAGUCUUUUAUUCUCGGCGAGCAGGUUACUGAUGACCGCAUCGUUGCCGUCGAAUCGGUCUAGGUGCUGACGAAGUACGUGACCGAGGACAGCCAGGUCGGUCGAGUGGACGGCGUCCCCUAGUUGGCAACACAGAGUCUACAUGGGGGCGUUUUCAUCUGCCAUUCGUAGUCCUUCCAGCCCCUGGAUCAGUUGAUUGCUGAGAUACUAACGGUGAGCAGACAAAGGCAAGAAAUCGGUAUUUAACUUACUUGGAGGUCGCUUACCUUGUGGUCUCCUGCGCGGUUGCAGAAGGAGUCACAUCUGGGAGAUGACGAGACGGUAAUUGGUCCAGGCAUCGGCGUCGAAGAUAGCCUUGGUCACCAUUACGUCCUGCCGAUCUCAACGCCGGAGGAGAACAUAGUCGAGCAACUGCCAGCGCCGCGAUCGGGGGUGCAUUAUGGUGGCCUUCUUUUGCAUCGGAAGGAGGAAGAAGGUGCUGGUCAGCAGGAGGCGGUAUUCAGCGCAAGUUCGCUGGAGAGGAAGGCCAGUGUUUUGCAGCCGACGAUUCCGUGA